GGGCGGCUGCGCGGCCGGUCCAGCCUCCGCUCCCGCGCGCCGUGCACGGCACCCGGGGUCCAGCUCGCCCGCCGCGGCGCGGCAGGUGUCCCUGGGGCCCGGCCCGAGGCAGCAGCCACCAUGUUCUCUUGCGUGAAGGCCUACGAGGAGCAGGACUACGCGGCCCUGAAGCGGAGCUGCCAGCGCAAGAAGGUGCUCUUUGAGGACCCCCACUUUCCUGCCACGGAUGACUCACUCUACUACAAGGCCACCCCAGGGCCUGCCGUCCGGUGGAAGAGGCCCAAGGACAUCUGUGAGGACCCUCGCCUCUUUGUGGAUGGCAUCAGCUCCCAUGACCUGCACCAGGGCCAGGUGGGCAACUGCUGGUUCGUAGCGGCCUGCUCGUCUCUCGCCUCCCGCGAGUCCCUGUGGCAGAAGGUCAUCCCAGACUGGAAGGAGCAGGAAUGGGAUCCUGAGAAGCCUGAGGCCUACGCGGGAAUCUUCCACUUCCACUUCUGGCGCUUCGGCGAGUGGGUGGAUGUGGUCAUCGAUGACCGGCUGCCCACCGUCAACAACCAGCUCAUCUACUGCCACUCCAACUCCCGCCGUGAGUUCUGGUGUGCGCUGGUGGAGAAGGCCUAUGCCAAGCUAGCAGGCUGCUACCAGGCACUGGAUGGAGGCAACACGGCCGAUGCGCUGGUGGACUUCACCGGCGGCGUCUCCGAGCCCAUCGACCUGACGGAGGGUGACUUCGCCAAUGACGAGGCCAAGAGGAACCAGCUGUUCGACCGCAUGUUGAAGGUGCACUCCCGCGGCGGCCUCAUCAGCACCUCCAUCAAGGCCGUUACGGCAGCAGACAUGGAAGCACGCCUGGCAUGCGGCCUGGUGAAGGGCCAUGCAUACGCUGUCACUGAUGUGCGCAAGGUGCGCCUGGGCCAUGGCCUGCUGGCCUUCUUCAAGUCGGAGAAGUUGGACAUGAUUCGCCUACGCAACCCUUGGGGCGAGCGCGAGUGGAACGGGCCAUGGAGCGACACCUCCGAGGAGUGGCAGAAAGUGAGCAAGAGCGAGCGGGAGAAGAUGGGCGUGACCGUGCAGGAUGACGGCGAGUUCUGGAUGACCUUCGAGGACGUGUGCCGCUACUUCACGGACAUCAUCAAGUGCCGUGUACUCAACACGUCCUACCUGAGCAUCCAUAAGACGUGGGAGGAGGCCCGGCUGCGAGGCGCCUGGACCCGGCAUGAGGACCCGAGGCUGAACCGCAGUGGGGGCUGCAUCAACCACAAGGACACCUUCUUUCAGAACCCACAGUACCUUUUUGAUGUCAAGAAGCCAGAAGACGAGGUACUCAUCUGUAUCCAGCAGCGACCCAAGCGGUCCACCCGCCGGGAGGGCAAGGGCGAGAACCUGGCCAUCGGCUUCGACAUCUACAAGGUGGAAGAGAACCGCGAGUACCGCAUGCACAGCCUACAGCAAAAGGCCGCCAGCUCCAUCUACAUCAACUCGCGCAGUGUCUUCUUGCGCACUGAGCAGCCUGAGGGCCGCUACGUCAUCAUCCCCACCACGUUUGAGCCGGGCCACACCGGCGAGUUCUUGCUCCGUGUCUUCACAGAUGUGCCCGCCAACUGCAGGGAGCUGCGCCUGGAUGAGCCUCCCCGCACCUGCUGGAGCUCCCUGUGUGGCUACCCUCAGCAGGUGACCCAGGUGCAUGUCCUAGGGGCUACGGACCUCAAGGACUCCCCAACAGGGGCUAACUCCUACGUGAUCAUCAAGUGCGAGGGGAACGCCGUGCGCUCGGCCGUGCAGAAGAGCACCUCGGCUCCGCAGUAUGACGUGAAGGGCAUCUUCUAUCGCAAGAAACCAGGCCAGCCUGUCACUGUCCAGAUCUGGAACCACCGAGUCCUGAAGGAUGAGUUCCUGGGCCAGGUGCAGCUGAAGACCGAACCGGACAAUCUGCAGGCCCUACACACCCUGCACCUCCGAGACCGCAGCAGCCGGCAGCCCAGCGACCUGCCGGGCACCGUGGCUGUGCGUAUCCUCAGCAGCACCUCCCUCACUGCUGUCUGAUGCCAGCCCACCUGCCUAGCCCCAGCAGCUCUCCCCAUCACCUGCACGUCUUUUUUCCAGCCUGGGACCAGCCUGGGGGCCAGACACAAGGAGCCCACUGACUUGCUGUGUGCCCCUGGGACAUCUGUGGUCCUCUCUGAGCCUCCUGUCCUCAGGGCCCCUAGCACUCUCCUUUCAGGUGGGAAUAUUCUUGCCUGAGGUUCCAAGCAGCCCUUCACAGCCCACCUGUUAGCACUACUCAGGCACACCUGUUAGCCUGGCUUCCCCAGGGCCCUGCUGUCUGCCGAGGAAUGCUGGGACGACCUCACUUGUUUACACACCAGCUGCCGCAUCCUCAAGGCACGAACUUGCCCCACCGGCCCCUUGGCCGCUGCCGGGGUCCUGCUCGGACUAGACUUGAGGAAAUGUGCAGGUGGCCCUUGUUACUUCUCUGCUCCCAUCCUGCUGCCCAUCCACCCACUUGCUUAUGCUGGGAUUUGCCUGAUGGAGGCAGGCUGAGGCCGGGCAGAUGGAUCACGCCAUCAUCACCGUCAACAAGAUGGGCUGAAAGCUUGGAGCUCCCGUUUCCUUCUGUGACUCCAUUCUGGCUCAUUCUGGUUUUGCUCGGGCCCCACCCGGCCAGGGCUGGAGGAGCCGUAGCGGAGGGUGAGGAAGAAGAGGUUUUGUGACAGGCAUUCCGGGAGCCCUGGCUGAGCUGCAGCACCAGAGCGAUCUGAGCUGGCCUGCUUUGGACCUCUGAGUCAAAUAUAGCUGCCCUACACCCAACCCCUCAACAUGGAAAAGCCUUUGAGAAACCUGAACGUCCUGCUCCAGCUCCCAGGGCAUCUGGCUAGAGGGGCCCCGCACCAGCCACCUAACUCUGUGGCUGCCUGGCCCCCGGUUCCCUCAGCCACAGCAAAGGCCGGAGAUAGAAACGUGGGGGACAAGAGGAGUCUCUCUCGGAAGCCCGGUGUCCCUGUCCCCAAGGAGCCUGGUCCUGGACCUAGGACACAGCAGCAAGCCCCCUUCUGCACACUGAGGCCCAUGCUUGCUGCUGCCCAAAUGUUCCACUCGUGUCCCAGACACACACACACACACACACACACACUCCCACCCUCUUCCCAGUGUCUGAAAUGAGGGGCAGGGAGACAAGCACUGGGCCUGGGCCCCUGUGGCCAGUACCUGCUACUUGCUUGGCCACGCCCCCUGGCAUAUGUCAGCAGGGGGACGGGGGGAUGCCAGAUCUGGGUGAGUUUCCACCUGGGGGCUGGCCACUGCCUCCCACCCACUCUUGCUUCCUGCCCCUCCAGGUGGGCCAGGCUGGCUCCUGGCUGUGCAGAGGUCUGUCCCAAGGAGGCCCCAGGGACUGGGUAGGCAAGGAUAGAGAGUGGGACAGGGGAGCAGUUGUUUUAUGUCCUUGGCGUCCCCAUGUGUGGUGGCCAUCGCCUGUGGCCUCUGCCACAUAGGCCUCAAGCUCCACCACAGGGUGAAGGGACAGGGGAGGAGGCCUGAUCGAAUCUCACAAUAAAUGUUAACCACAGUUCCA